AUGGAUGACACUGACAUGACCGAUGUCGCCUACGAUAUUGACAUUGAUGUAGGCGAAGACAUAGCACCGGCAGCACAAGCGUCGCAACCACAGCAGGUUGUCCAAAACAACGCGGCCGAAGCAGAGCGAAGCGUGCCCGCGGCCUACACCGAGGACAUUAUUGUACACGAGCCAUGGCCGGAAUCCCUCAACCUCCAGGGCGUGAGCGACUUCGACCCCAACGAUCCGCUCUACUGGGCUAUGGAGCAUUGUCAGUCAGACCCGCGCGUCAAGCAGCUGCGCUGGGUCAACGACAACUCGGUCAACCUCGAGUUCUACAACAAAGAAGACGCGACGCUUGCCCUGACCAUCCUCACACACCCCGACAACGGUGACUUCAGCAACGUCUCCAUGCAAGAGCCCCGGAAGGCGAAACCGUACUCGAAGAAGCCGGACAGCGUGCUCAUGGUCAGGCAGUCCAACGCCGGGGAUCAGAAGCCGAGGGGCGCGGCCACUAGGAGCAACUACUACCAGCGCAACCCCGAUGUCGCUGGCAACCGCCAGAGGGAGCCACGGCGAAAGCCGCCUCCGAAGAAAGACUAUCUGGAUUACGGCGAUGAGGAAAUGGCAUCUGGUGAGCGACCAAGGCGGAGAAAUAGUGGAGAUGAGUCCAUGGGCGAUUCGGGCCUUGACCAGAGGGGCCCGCGCCGGAACGGACGAGACUUUCGCGACGACCGCGACGGGCGAGACAACCGGGGUCGCGGCAGGGGGGGCCGUCAACCAGCUUCAGGCAGGCUCAGGAACGAUGCCCAGGGCCAAGACGUCGACUCGUACCGACCAGGCUCAAGAAGUCCGGCAGAGCCACGCUUUGGUCGCCUGCGAGGACGCAGUGCCUCCCCGGCCUCUGACGAAGAAGGCGACGGCCGAUUCGGGUUUGCCGAGCACGAAACGCAUGCAGGCCGUCGGCGGUACCGCAGCCGAAGUCGUAGCCGUAACAACCGCCGUCGUCGCGAACCCAGCCUGGAUCGUUGGACGCACGACCGUGCCAACUACGAUCGUCAGAAUGGCCCUACAGCUGGCGGACGUUGGCAGAAGGACGCUUUCUUUGUUGACACUUCACCAAUGGGCAACCACCAUCGGUCAAACGCUAUAGACGUAUCCAAGACACGAGGAGGCGGGGAAUCGCUACUUUCGCGCAUGACCAAGAACGGACAGCCCGUGCUACCGCAGCCGAAGCGAUCGCUAGCUGACAGGAUUACACGCGAUGAUGAUGAGCCCGAAGAGUUGUUUGGCCGCCUAAAAGGUGACGACCGUGAUCCUCAUGUUACCGACUUCUCGGAGCCAUCACGGUCUCGUCGCGGUCUGGCAGAUCGUAUCACGCGCGACGGCGACAUCAACAUUCGCGGUCAAGGACGAAACCGGAGCCAAGAAGGCAUUAACAUCCGCGGCUCCGCUGAGCGAAGCGGAGGAGGCGGUAUCAAUAUACGUGGUGUGGCAAGCGGUGCCUAG